GUAUCAGCAGGCUGGAAACAAGGAGACAGUCUGGACGACCAGGCUAAAACUCAUCCACUGCUGAAGCCUUACAAAGCGCUGAGUGAGAAGGAGAGAGAAACGUACCGCUGGCCAGUGAAGGAGUCUCUGAAGAGCAUGCUGGCUAUGGGCUGGAACAUCGAGCGGUCCAAGGAAGGAGAGUCCGUGAUCCAACAACGAGAGAGUGAAAAACGAAAGACCCCCGACCCUCAGAAUGAUGGAUUCAGUCCUGCUCCAAUGGAUUUGAACAAUGUCACUUUGUCAAGAGAGCUACAGGGCAUGGUGGAGGUGGUUGCAGAAAACUACCACAACAUCUGGUCCAAGAAGAAGAAAUCUGAACUUGUUAGCAAAGGAGGAGGGAGCCACCCGCUGCUGGUUCCCUAUGACACCCUGACCGCUAAAGAGAAGUACAGAGACAGAGAGAAGGCCCAGGAGCUCUUCAAGUUCCUGCAGAUCAGCGGCUAUGCCAUCAUGAG